AUGUUAAAGACAUUAUGUUUUUCAAUGCUGGUUUUGGUGGUAGCCUACAUGUUACCAUCCGAUGACUCGCAGCGCUAUCGUCACGGUUCAUUCGCUCCAGUUCGUGAAAGGUGUAAAGCUGUAUGGUAUGUGGACGGCGAAGAUUACAUGUCUGCUGUAGGCGAGGCUAUCAUGACAGCCGAGACAGAAAUCAUGAUUACUGACUGGCAAAUGAAUCCUGAAAUCUUCAUGAAAAGACCUGAUUCUGGAGUUGAUGGUUUAGAAUGGCGACUGGACAAUAUGCUGUUAAGAAAGGCUGAAAAUGGUGUUAAAGUGAAAAUAUUAUUAUACAAGGAAAUGAAACAAGUUUUAGAUCUUGGAAGUGAUCACGUCGUAGAAGUGUUUAAAAAGCUUAAAAAGCAUAAAAAUAUCGAAGUUCACCGUCAUCCUGGUUUCUUUACUGGAUUACUGGUUUUGUUUCGGUGGAGUCAUCAUGAAAAGAUGGUCAUUGUUGAUGGCAGUAUUGCAUUUGUUGGUGGCAUUGAUCUCUGUUACGGACGCUGGGACACUCGCAAACAUGAUCUGAUGGAUAAUUAUCCCGUUCAUCCUGAUGUACACGGAAGCCAUGAUUCGGAUGAUAACCCACGUAAUCAUGAAUUGAUGGAUGACUAUCGCGUUCAUUCUGCUUUAGAUGAAAGCCAGACUUUGAAUGAUAAUUCACAUAAAUAUGCUCGGUGGAUUGGCAAGGAUUACAGAAAUACGUUUUACAAUAAGGAGAAGAAAACGGACUUGGAGAAACCAUUGGAUGGUUACGAUGGAGUUGAAAGAAAUGAAAUUCCUCGCAUGCCUUGGCAUGAUGUAAGCUGUGCAUUCACUGGAGAAGCCGUACAAGAUGCUGUGCAACAUUUCACAGAUAGAUACAAUGCUAUAACAAAACCUUGGUGGCGAAGAUUUUCGGAUUUCUUUCGUCAAUACUUUCAGAGUAUUAACCAAUUAAAGCAAUCUACCAAAAGCAACAAUACAAAAGCAGAAGAAAUCGUGUCAAAUUCCGGUGGCUACAACGUGAAAAUUCAACUCCUGAGAUCUGUGGACAACUGGUCAGCUGGUCAGAAACAUGAAGCAUCAAUAUAUAACACUUAUCUAGUUGCGAUAAAGAAUGCUCAACACUUCAUUUAUAUUGAAAAUCAGUUCUUCAUUUCAUCGCAAAAGGGUUUUUUACGAAAAGUUCAAAAUGAUAUCCAAGCAGCAUUGGUUGAAAGAAUUAUCCGUGCUCACAGAGCCAACGAAGAUUUCCAUGUUAUGGUCAUCACCCCUCUGAAACCUGAAUUCCCUGGUGAUUGGGACGCCGAUGAUUGGACCGGAGAAACUCUACGAGCAGUGGCAUUUUGGAAUCAAGCCACUAUCUACCAUGGAGAAGACUCGUUAUUUAGUAAGCUUGAGAAAGAGAAUAUUCCGAAAGAAACUGCUAUGAAGUACUUCUCUGUGUAUAGCUUACGUAAAUAUGAUUUGAUUGGAAAACAUUUUGUUACUGAGAUCGUGUAUGUGCACAGUAAGAUCAUGAUCGUUGAUGAUCGUAAGGCAAUUAUUGGAUCUGCAAAUAUCAAUGAUCGCAGUAUGCUGGGAGGUCGAGAUUCCGAAAUUGCAGUUAUGAUAGACGAUUUAGAUUUCGUUGAUGGUAACAUGAACGGUAUAGGAUACAAGAUGGGAAAGUUUGCUCAUAGUUUGAGAUGUGAUCUACUUAAAGAGCAUUUAGGAUUGGUCGGUAAGAGCGAGGAUGAAUUUGACAUAAGAAUCAACGAUCCACUGGCCGAAAGUUUUAUUAAAGGUGUACAUGAUCGGGCAAUAAAAAAUACUCGUAUGUUUCUAGAAGCAUUUGGUCAAGGUUUACUUCCAAGAGAGGAUGUGGAGGAUUUUGAAGCGUUAAAACGUUAUAAAGAUAUUCCUUUGCCUCGUAAAAAUACACCACAGGCCAGACAAAUUCUGAAGAAGAUAACAGGAACCCUAGCGAAUCAUACCCACACAUUCCUGAAGAAAGAACUUAAACCUUCCAAAUUCCUAGAUUCUGUGAUGAUGAAUAGCAUGGCGGUAGAUGCCAACCGAAACGCCGUGUGUGUUUGUAUUCUGGCCAAAGCUGGUGAAGAUACCUUGGUGUUUCUGGUGAAGUGGGCCGCAAGAGGACAAGAUCGUUAUAUAUGGGAUUUCCCAAUAUUUUUUGUCGAAACAGAUUCAUCGGACGACAAAGUCAUCGUGACUAAGGGAGAGGAAUUUGUAAGGAAAGAAUUUGAGAUAACUUUAUCUGAGGACCAAGGUCUAUCCAACCUUAAACGGGAUGUUUAUCCGUUGUAUAGCACAUAUAAAUUUCAGGAAAUUUUAUUUGUCUUGGCUGCAGAGCCAAAGAAGUUGACUGGUGAAUCAGCGAAUGGUCAAAGCACAAAGUGGUUGCGACCGUCUGAGGUACAGGAAAUAGCUGUUUCAACUGAAGAUUAUAGUUGGGUGCACAAUUUUGAACCACCGGCAUAUUUUAACAGAAAGCGACAUACAAAAAAGAGUGCAUUCUGA